AUGGUCAACAAGACCUUAACCUACUGGGGUCCCAGUUUUGAGGAGGACGUUAUCAACAUCAACGUGGGGGGUCUGAGAAGGCGGCUCAGCUCCAGCGCCCUCUCCAAGUUCCCCGACACCCGCCUGGGCCGCCUGCUCUCCUGCGACUCGGAGGAGUCCAUCCUGCAGCUCUGCGAUGACUACGACGUGAGUGCCAGGGAGUUCUACUUCGACAGAAACCCCGGCUUCUUCCUCUACGUGCUCCACUUCUACCAGACGGGGAAGCUGCAUGUCAUGGAGGAGCUGUGCGUCUUCUCCUUCUGCCAGGAGAUCGAGUACUGGGGCAUCAACGAGUUCUUCCUGGAUUCCUGCUGCAGCAACCGCUACCACGAGCGCAAGCUGGAGAGCAGACACCACAACUGGGACGAGGAGAGCGAGGUGAGCAGCGUGGACACGUCCCCUGAUGAGAUCUCCGACAUCAACCACGAGCUGCUGCGCUACAGCACGCUGCGCUGCGGCAACCUGCGCAAGCGCCUCUGGCUCACCAUGGAGAACCCCGGCUACUCCAUCCCCAGCAAACUCUUCAGCUUCGUGUCCAUCAGUGUGGUGCUGGUGUCCAUAGCCACCAUGUGCAUCCACAGCAUGCCCGAGUACCAGGAGGUGGAUGAGAACGGCAACGUGCUCGAUGAACCCGUCCUGCACCAGCUGGAGUAUUUCUGCAUCUCCUGGUUCACCUUCGAAGUGUCUUCCCGCCUCCUGCUCUCCCCCAGCCCCAGGAAGUUCUUCAAGCACCCGCUGAACCUGAUUGACAUUGUCUCGGUGUUGCCCUUCUACUUCACCCUCUUGGUGGACGUGACCAUGGGCAGUGACUCGGAGCUGGGCAACCUGGGCAAGGUCGUGCAGGUGUUUCGGCUCAUGAGGAUAUUCCGGGUGCUGAAGCUGGCUCGGCACUCCACUGGACUGAGGUCUCUGGGGGCCACCUUGAAGCACAGCUACCGGGAGGUGGGGAUCCUGCUGCUCUACCUGGCUGUGGGGGUCUCCGUCUUCUCCGGCGUGGCCUACACUGCUGAGAAGGAGGAAGACGUCGGCUUUGACACCAUCCCGGCGUGCUGGUGGUGGGGCACGGUCAGCAUGACCACCGUGGGCUACGGCGACGUGGUGCCGGUCACCGUGGCAGGCAAGCUGGCCGCCUCGGGCUGCAUCCUGGGGGGCAUCCUGGUGGUGGCACUGCCCAUCACCAUCAUCUUCAACAAGUUCUCCCACUUCUACCGCAAGCAGAAGGCGCUGGAGGCGGCUGUGAGGAACAGCGGCAAGAAAGGCCUCGGGGACGCGGAGAGCGCGUCCAGCCGCGAGCCGGACUCGGAGGCCGUGAGCGAGGCCUCCCCGGGCGGGGGCAGCCCCGACCGCCGCGGUCUGACCCCCAGCGCCCACCCCACAGCCUGA